AUGAACUAUAAUAAUGGUAACCCACAGUUUAACUUCCCUCAGGGGUCCAUGAAUAUGAAUACUGGAGGAUCCACGUUCUUUGGUUUCAACAACCACAACAAUAUGGAUAUUGGUGGCAAUAAUCAAUUUACGAAUGGUGGUAUGAUGGGCAUUGCUCCUGAUCCCCUACCCCACGGGUUGCUUAACGCUUUAUCAACCCGUGGUUAUGCACAUGAACCACCUUUAUUAGAGGAAAUUGGGAUUAAUUUUGACCAUAUUAUAACAAAGACUAAGAUAGUACUUAACCCAUUAGGUGUAAUGGGUUCCAACGGUAUCAUGUCACAAGAGAUCUUAAACGAUUCAGAUUUCGCAGGCCCCUUAAUCUUCUUUAUGUGGUUCGGUCUGUGUCUUCUAUUGGCAGGUAAAGCUCACUUUGGUUAUAUAUAUGGUGUGGCAUUGUUUGGUACCCUAUCGUUGCAUUACUUAUCUAAAUUGAUGUCUUCUAGUAACAAUAACAGACUGCAAUUCUUCACUACAGCAUCCAUCCUAGGCUAUUGUUUUUUACCACUAUGUUUUCUAACUUUCUUCGGGAUAUUCUGUAAAUUGAACAACACUAUGGGAUAUCUACUAGCCAUGCUCUUUGUCAUUUGGAGUACUUGGUCCUCAUCUGGUUUCUUAAACUCUCUACUACAGUUGCAUAACGCCAGAGCAUUGAUUGCCUAUCCUCUGGCUAUCUUCUAUAGUGUAUUUGCCCUAAUGGCUAUCUUUGUCUAA